AUGCAACACGAACAACAGCAUGAAGAUGUCCCGAGGAACGGCAAUUUUCAGUCGCAACUGUCAACAUUCUCCUCAUCUGCGACAUGUAUCGCUCGUACCAUGUUCGAUUUGUGGUGUGCAUGUCAGCUUCUUACCCUCUUCCCCUACCUGGUCGGGGUAUGUGUCGCACGGCGAAGUCUCUUCGUAUCGCACCUCGUACUAGACAUUCUCCUUCUGGUCAUCGGUUUUGUAUACACGAUCACCACGAUUGUCUUCUCCGUGGUAUUGUACGUACUCGUCGGCGAAAUGCCAAAAGAAGUGCUCUUCGAAUGGGUCUUAUUCGCAAUUCUUCUAGAUGCGAUUCUACUUUUAUACGGUGGUCUGGUUGUGAUUUCUCUUCGAUGCUGUGAAAGGAUUGUUCAAAGUCGAUUGACGAUGAAGCUGCAAACGCCUUCGGCCACUACAAACGCUGAGCAAGUAUGA